UUUUAGGCGCGAAAUCUGCCGCAUAAAAUCAUUUUUCGCACUUCAAGCCGUCUACAGUGUAAUUAAGUAAACACGAUGAAGUGCCAGACACCCGAGAUAUCGUGGCAUAACCGCGAUCCUGUGCUGAGCGUGGAUAUUCAGCAAAAUGGUCAGGGAUUGCGAUCGCCGGCGAUUGGUCGCCUUGCCACCGGCGGCUCAGAUGCCCAUGUUCUCAUUUGGUAUGUGAAUCGCGGUGUUAACACCGAGGGCGUGGAAGUGGAACUGGCCGCCGAUCUGUCUCGGCAUCAGCGUGCCGUCAACACGGUCCGUUGGUCACCCAACGGGGAGCUUCUGGCCUCCGGCGACGACGAGAGUGUGGUGUUUAUCUGGAAACAGAAGGCCGACCACGAAGUAAUCAACAUAGUGGAUGCCGAUGGCUGCAGCGAUCAGGACAAGGAGGUCUGGAUGACCCUGAAGGUUCUGCGCGGCCAUCGCGAGGAUAUCUACGACCUCAGCUGGGCGCCCAACUCACAGUUCCUGGUUACCGGAUCCGUGGACAACACCGCGAUGCUGUGGGACGUCCAUAAGGGCAAAUCGCUGGCCAUUCUCGAUGACCACAAGGGAUAUGUUCAGGGCGUGGCCUGGGAUCCGUGCAAUCAGUACAUCGCCACAAUGAGCACUGACAGGAUAAUGCGCAUAUUUGAUGUAAAUACCAAGCGAGUUCUGCACCGAGUCAGCAAAUGCGGAUUUCCGGUUAAAGAGGGCCACGAGCUGCACGGCAAGAGCGUUCGACUGUACCACGAUGGCACAUUGCAGACCUUCUUCCGCCGCUUGUGCUUCACCACCGAUGGCAAGAUGCUGCUCACGCCCGCUGGAAUCACCGACUACGACGGCGUGGAGAAGCCGAUAAACACCACCUACGGAUUCAGUCGCUAUGAUCUAUCGAAACCCGCCUUUGUGCUGCCCUUUCCCAACGAAUACGCUGUGGCGGUGCGCUGCUCUCCGGUUCUGUAUCGUCUGAGACCGUACAAAGCGGAGAAGAAUCCGCCGAUCAUCUCGCUGCCGUACCGCAUGAUCUAUGCCGUGGCCACAAAGAACGCGGUGUUCAUUUACGACACCCAACAGGCGGUGCCGUUUGCCAUCGUCUCGAAAAUCCACUACAGCCGACUCUCGGAUUUGACCUGGUCCAGUGACGGGACUGUUCUGAUCGUGUCCAGUACCGAUGGGUUCUGUUCGCUCAUAUCGUUCGAGCCGAACGAGCUGGGUGAGCGGUACGAAGAUAUGGAUGCAGUGCUGAGCGCUGCCCUAAAAUCGUCGGAGAACGUACCGCUGCCGAAGAGAAAGAAGCACAAGCUGCGUAAGGCAUCGUUGGAUGAGGUGGCUGCCACACGGAAACCACUGCAGGAGAAGACCAAACCGAAUACAAACAGGAAGACUGCAGGAUCAGGGACAAAAGAGGAGGGCGAGAACAAUGUGGAUGCUGAAAACGACUCAUCCAUGCACAGCGCUAGUUCAUCGGGCUCGAACAGCCCCAAGGCGAAGGCGAAGGACGAUGCAAAGCCCACACCCAUUGCCUUCCGGCGCUCGCCCCGUAAAGUUACGGCCGCACCCACGCCCAUUGCUAUACGUAGAUCUCCGCGUAAGCAGGAAGAUGGAAAGGAGGGUAUCAAACUGUCGCAGUCCAAAGGUGACGCUGAAGGCACCUUCACACAAAAAUCAAUUUCUGAAUCGCCAGAAAAAGAAGCAGUGCCACGUGAUGGUGCAGCGACCAUAAAGCGCAAGAUCAGCACUGAUUCAGUGGCUCCAAAAGAGACAUCGUUAUUGGCAACUCCGAUCAUCGACAAGAAGAUCAUCAGUUCAGACGAGAAGUUCGAGUCGCCCGAGAAGAAGUCCCGCCCCGCAACGCCCAUUCAAGUGCGUCGCCAGCCCCGAACUCCCGGCAGCUCGGGAAAUUUUAACCUAACGCCGAAGAGCCAACCCGCCAAACAAGCCACCCCCAUAGCUGUAAGACGAACUCCCCGUGUGCUCAUCGACAUGCCCGUCAACUCGCCUGUGGGUCCGAUGGAGGAGGCCAUGGAUGCCUGGCCCCUCGAGGAGGGCAUUACACCCCUGCCAACGGCGAAAAAGGAUUCCCAAGAGUCAUUGCCGGAGGCAAAGAAGACAGAAUCAAAACCGCCUGUGGUAAUCGAAGCCAGCGAGGUCACCUGCGAGCGAACCGAGGAUAUCCGUCUGGUCUACGAGGAUACCCAAGAGGAGGCCACCGAAACCCCAUUGAAAGUGCCAGAGGCGACUCCUUCCACACCCAACAACAAGACGCCCCGGCGAGUGUCCCUGCGAACAAUAUCUACUCCCAAAUCGAAGAAAAAACUUUUAGAGUAGACAAUGCAAUAGACUAGUCAUAACACAUCUAUCUAAGAGGAAUUCCUGUAACUAAUUAUGAUUAUAGAGCAUAUUGGGGUUACCCCAUACACAUUGUAAAAAAUGAAUAAUCACAAGGAUCCCUUUAUAAGUUAUUCCACAAUAAAUUGCCAGUCAAGGUUUAAAGGAA